AGUUGAUGAUGUAAAAUGGAAACAAGGUUCUGUUUGUUCGGGUAAAUAAAUCGACAUCACAUAAGAAAAAAAUAAAUGAACAAAUGCAAAAUUACAAUGAGGUUUAAUAAUGAAAAAAAAAGGAACAAAAAGAGAAAAAAGGAGUAGGGUAACUUUUGAAAAAACAAAAACACAAAUCCCCAUUCCAACCAGACAUCCCAAGGGGCCCACGCGUCAAAAAUGUCCCUCCGUUCUGAGAGUUGCAAUUUUCUUUUUCUCCAUCUCCACAUUACUACUACUACUUCUCCUUCUUAACCUGUAAAUUAUUAAAGCCUACGUCCCACUUCUACCAGAGAGAGAGAGAGAGAGAGAGAGUUAUUAUUAUUAUUACUGCUGCUGCCUGCUAAGUGCUAGUGCUAGUGCUGCUAGCCUGCUGCUUUACUCUAGGUGCAGUAGCACUAGUAGUAUUUUUAUUUAUUAUCCCAACACACACACACACACAGUGGCACCACUCUCAUUCUUCUCUCACACUCCCCUUUUCCUCAACGCCAUGGCGAGAUCCUCCUUCUUCUGCUUCUUCCUGCUCUUCCUUUGCUCCACCUCCGCCGCUGCUAACCACCACCACCAACUACAAACCUUCAUUCCCAACUCCCUUCCUUCUCCCCCUUCCUACCUCUCCCCCACCACCACCUGGGAUGAACUUGAAGAUGACUCCUCCUCGUCGUCCUCAUCAUUGCUUCAAGACCACCAACUUGAUCACCAUGCUUCUUCCUCCACUCUCUCCCUUCAGCUCCACCAUGUUGACUUGCUCUCCCCCACCACCACUUCCGAUGCCACCCCUGAAUCCCUCUUCCGCUUCCGUCUCCAGCGCGAUGCCCUCCGCGUGAAUUCCAUCUCCCGCCGUGUUUCCGGCGCCGCCGGCGGCCUCAACUUCAGCAGCUCCGUCAGUUCCGGGCUUGCACAGGGCAGCGGCGAGUACUUCACACGCAUCGGGGUUGGCACGCCUCCCAAGUACUCCUACAUGGUGUUGGAUACCGGCAGCGACGUCGUCUGGCUCCAGUGCUCUCCCUGCAAGCGCUGUUACACCCAGUCCGACCCCGUCUUCGACCCCUCCAAAUCCACCUCCUUCGCCGGCGUCGCCUGUGGGUCUCCCAUCUGCCGCCGCCUCGACUCCCCCGGCUGCAACAACCGCCAGAAAUGCCUCUACCAGGUCUCCUACGGCGACGGCUCCUUCACUUUCGGCGAGUUCUCCACCGAGACCCUCACUUUCCGCCGGGUCCGCGUUCCCAAUAUCGCCCUCGGCUGCGGCCACGACAACGAGGGUCUCUUCAUCGGAGCUGCCGGCUUGUUGGGUCUCGGGCGGGGGAAGCUGUCCUUUCCCAGCCAGGCCGGGUCCCGUUUCGGCCGGAAAUUCUCUUACUGCUUGGUGGACCGGUCGGCUUCUUCCAAGCCGUCGUCGAUCGUGUUCGGGCAGUCGGCGGUGUCCCGGAAUUCGGUGUUCACCCCGCUGCUCACCAACCCGAAACUGGACACCUUCUACUACGUGGGGAUGACGGGGAUCAGCGUGGGCGGGGCACGUGUCCCCGGCGUGACCGAAUCGCUGUUCAGGCUGGACGCGGCGGGGAACGGCGGGGUGAUCGUGGAUUCGGGCACGUCGGUGACCCGGCUGACCCGGCCGGCGUACGUGGCCAUGAGGGACGCCUUCCGGAGGGGGGCGUCCAACCUGAAGCGGGCGGCGGAUUUCUCACUGUUCGACACGUGCUUCGAUCUGUCCGGGAAGACGGAGGUGAAGGUGCCCACGGUGGUGCUGCACUUGAGGGGAGCCGACGUGUCGCUGCCGGCGUCGAACUACCUGAUUCCGGUGGACAGCAGCGGCAGGUUCUGCUUCGCGUUUGCGGGGACCACCAGCGGGCUGUCCAUCAUCGGCAACAUUCAGCAGCAGGGGUUCCGGGUGUCCUUCGAUUUGGUAGGAUCUCGGGUCGGGUUUUCCCCAAGAGGAUGCACCUGAAAGAAAUUUGAGUAAUUGAGUGAUGGAUUUGUUCUACCCUUCACCGCCGGCAUCUGCAUCAUCAUCAUCAUCUUCUGAAAGACCAAGAGAUGAGAGUAGUACUGUAAUUGUUGUUUGAAUAAUUUUGUCGCCUUUUUUUUGGGGGGGGGGGAUGAAUGUGGUUGGUUAAUAGGACCAAAAUAUGUGUUAUUGAUUUUUAAGUUUUGGCAGAAAGAAAAAGAAAAAGGGGAAUGCAAUGUGAUUUGCCCUGACACCGGAGAAGAAAAGAGGGGUCACAUGUUGUUUGUUUGCUAAUAAGUAGUAUGUAAUAUGGGUUAUUCAGUUGUUGAUUAUAAGAAUUUGGGGAGGGGGUGCUCAAGUAAUUGCUGCAAAUGGUGUUAUUUGUGCUUUGUAAUGUGUUAAGAUGCGGCGUUGGUCCUAGUUUAAGCUGAGAUGAGAGUAGGGAGAUACCGAGAUAGUUAUCAAUUUGAGCCGAAAUGGGACGAUGAGUAUCACUGACAUAUGACCCAUUGUGGGAGUAUUAUUUAAAUUAAUCAUCUAAGAUUAAGAUUGUGAAGUAGUAGUAGAACAUAAGACACGGAAGCUAAAGUGGCGCUGAGAUGAGAGAUGGAAGUAUAAUUGUUGGUUUGACUCCCAUCUGAUUUUGGAGUCUUUGUGUCAACGUACUUGGAUCUCUUCUGCGUCACCCACUAAUAAUUUCCAUCAUCGUCAUCUUCCCCUUCAAUUUCGCGUCCCCCAUUAGCGCUGCCGCUGCAUUUUCAUUUUCAUUAUUAUUAUUAUUAUUUUUUGAAAUUUCAAUCCAAAAAUUGGGAAGCCAAGAGGAGGGAGAAAUGAGAAUGGGGAACGGGGAUCGUGUAAAGAAAAAAAAAAAGUAGUAACACCACUAAUAAUAAAAAUCUGAAUCAUCUAUAAAUAAAUCUCUCUAAAUUAGGGGCGGGGAUAGCGGUGACUUUUUGUGAUUCACAUUGCACACAAACCCCACCAUCUCUUUUCUUUUUGUUGCACUUCUUUUCUUUCCUCCUCCUUUCGGUCACCUUAAAACACACCAUUAUCACUAGAAUGAAUUAGAUGCAGUAAGUAAUCAGAUUCCCUCCCCCACCAUUCAAUUGGACUACCAAGUUUUCCUUUGGUUACUCAUCAAAUUAUAAUUAUAAUAUGGACCUUCCUGAGAGAGUGUGACCCACACUCUAAGAAGAUACACUAACAUCCGGCUUUUUCAUUUCCGCAACUAUUUAUCCUGCUACUAUAUCAUCAAUUCAAAAUAUCAGAAUUACAGCAUGCAUCCAUUCAUCUCAUGAUCUCGGGCUUCAUUUACUUACCACCAGUCGGCCAUUAGGAUGAGAUUAAUAAUGCUGCUGAUGGAUUAGAUUCGGGUAUGGGCCUGCUAUUCCCUCAGGUUUGAGGCUUAGGCCCAAUCACCUUUCCUCGUGUCUCAAACAUUUUCAAAACCAUCCGGGGGUUAAUUUUCCAUUUUUACCGGGAACUCAUUUCCAUGAAAUAGUCGUAACCCCCAUAUUCCAUGUGAAACGGCCAAGUUUUUGGGAAUGGAGAGGGAGGAGGAAGGCGCUGGAAGAUCGGACUCGGCGGUGCCUCGCCUCAUCGAAAAAGCCACUUCCUCAACUCGGCCGGAAGUCGAGCCCCGGCUCCUCAAGGCCAUCAAAUCCGUCGUCCGUCACUCCGAUUCCGACCUACGAUGCGCCGCUCAAACCCUAUUAUUCUAUAUGACCCGCGACCACUCUCAGGUACGAUACCUCUCGCUGCUUAUAAUAGAUGAGCUUUUUAUGAGGUCAAAGCUUUUCAGAGCAAUUGUUGUUGAGAACCUAGAUCAGCUACUGACUCUAAGUGUGGGUUUCAGAAAGAACUUGCCCCUCCCGGCCCCUGCGGCUGUUGCGACUACUCUUCGUUCAAAGGCUAUUGAAUUUUUGGAAAAAUGGAAUGUGUCAUUUGGUAUACAUUACAGGCAGCUUAGAUUAGGUUAUGACUAUUUGAAGAACACUCUUCGGUAUCAAUUCCCUAAUCUACAAGCGAAUGCCCAGCGCAUUCAGCAGGAAAGGAGGGAAAGAGAAAUACGAACAAAACAGAUUUUGUUGAGCAAGUUUGAAAUUUUGAAGGCAAAUCUGGCCUCAAUCAAAGCUGACAUUCAAUCGACAGUUGAUGAAGUCACUGCAUGUAUGGACAUUAUUAGAAAUCAGGAUGACGGUGAUGAAGAUAUUCCCCUGGCUUCCUUAGACGAUCAGGACAUGGAAAUGUUCCACAACUCUGAACUCCGCCAGAUUCGACUAAAUUCCUUGCGAGAAGGGGAAAAGGUUCAUGAGAAUAGUGAAAAUAAGGUAAUUUUUGAUGCGUUGAGGGAGUUGUAUAAGGUUAUAGUCACCAAGCAUUUGGUUACCAUCCAAGAGUGGACCUCUGUGCUGAUAAGGGUUGAAGUGGAAGAUGUCAGGUUCAGAGACAACACUUUGAAAGAGCUCAUUGAUAUUCGGAAUAAUCUUCAAUCAGUGAAGAAAAUGUGCGAAGAGUCCGGUUGUUCUCUUCCUAAAACUACAACUGAGGAGGAAGAUGAUAUCUGGGAAGAGGGAAUGCCGGAAUCAUCAUCAAAUGGGAAGUCAUUGACAGCAGAAAGCGACAAAGAGGGAGUACCGGAACCAUCAUCAAAUGGACAGUCAUUGACUGCCAAAAACGCUGACUUCGAGGUAUCUGUUGCGCCAACUUCCAGCAAGUUGAACGUCAAAGUUUCCGAAUGUAGCAAUUCUACUUCAAAAGGUAAGAAGAAACUGGGAAUUGAUGGUAACCCUUUGAGGAACCAGCUUUUGUCUGAGGCACCAGUUCUGCCUUGGGGUUCGUAUUUGGAUACCUGGGAUGGUUCAUCACAUAGGGAUGUAUUGGCAAACCAGAGGGGACUGGACAUUGAGGGUCAUUGGGGUAGAGUGGACCACGAUGCAGUUAUUCCCGCUCAAAGAAUUGCUGAGCUGAGUAUGCAGGCAACUAUUUACAGAGAAGACCCAGUGGAAAUUCAACCGUGUCGGGCCCCUUUGAGGAAGGGAGGCCUUUGCCCAAGAAAAGAUUUAAGAGUCUGUCCAUUUCAUGGACCAAUCAUUCCUCGAGAUGAUGAAGGGAAGCCAAUCAAUACGUCGAAUCCAUCUUCUUCAGAGGGGAUUUGUGGUCCUGAUGUAGUAACUAAUGGUGACUCCUCUGAAGAGGAGAAAGAGAUUAUUACUCCUGAUAUUGUUGCGAAAUUGGCCAAGCAAGCUGUGGACAAUGUUCGCGAGAGAGACAAAGUAGAAGAAGCAAAGAAGGCCUCCAAAAGAGCCAGGCUGGCAAAAGUUCGGGAGCACAAUGAAGCAGUUUUACGAGAUGCUGCUCUUUCAGCAUCAAUGUAUUCAUGUAUUGGUGAGGAGAGCGAGGCAGCUCCUGGUGGUGGUUCAAGACCUUCAGCAAGGAACAAAAAAGAGACACUUGCCUCAAUGAAAAAGAAGAAAAUAACUCCUAAAGACAGACUAGCUCAGAAGCUACUAGGCACACGUGCCAGGGAUGCUACAACAAGACAGUUGACCAUGGAAGAGGAAUCAAAGUACAAGGAAGCAUUUCCAAAUCAGUGGUAGCAUAUGAAAAUCCAAACUAAAUCUGGAAGGAGCAAAUUGUCGUGUUCAAUAUCCACAUGUUCAGUGUAGGUUUUUCAAAACUAUAUAGAGUUAUACACUUGCAUUCAAUUAGACUAGAAAAAUGUGUUUGUUACCUAUUUGCAUUCUUGUAAUGUAUAUGUUUUAGUUGUUAGAUUGUAUAGUCAGAUUAUACGUCGCAAAUUUGUCUGAAGAAUAAGAACUGUUGGCAGCAUCUAGUUAAUGGCCGAUGAAUGUAGAAGGCGACCCUUGGAUAUUAUUAACAUGUAUCUCGGUUUUCUGGAAGCCUUGAUUUUGAAACAUAGAUUAGGCUGGUUACACACUGUUCUGGGUGACAUUCUUGCUCUGCGGUUUAGUCAUUGUUGGUUACAUAAGGUCCAGAGGACAUUUUGUUUCAUCAUUUUCUGAAAGGCAUCCUUGUACUUUUUUGGCUUGAAUCAAUCCUGUUGAUUUUAAUGUGCCAUGAGGGAAUGGAUGAGAAAUCAUCCAUCGUCCUCAAUGAUUAAGAGGAAGGAAUAUGAAUUUGACGCUGCAAGUAAUAAUAGAGGCAAUGAGGGAUGCAUGUAAGAAGAGUAUUGGAACAGAGUUAGUGGUGGAGGACAUAUUUGAUACAGCCAUAGUCUGUAAGUGAGGUGGCAAGUCCCCUUCUGUUAAUGAUUUUAAAAUCUUUCAGAUCAAAUCAAAAGCACCCUUCCUAUGAUUGAACUGUAACAUGUACUACCCAUAAAGCAAUUAAAUUCGGGUUUCAC